AGAACCCUGAAUCUGGUGUGACCUAUAUUGUCGGGUGCCAUGGCGGGGGCAGAGGCAAUCGUCGCGGCAGUGGUCGCGUCCCUGAUGCUCAGCUGCGCGGCCUUUACUGAGGAGAAUCCAACCGAUCGGCGCGUUCUUGUUCUUCUGGAGGAUCUCGCCAUCGAGUCCACGCAUUCGUUGUUCUUCAAAUCCCUCUCAGACAGAGGCUACGAGCUGGAUUUGAAGCUUUCGACAGAUCCGAAGCUAGCGCUUCAAAGGUAUGGAGAGUAUUUGUACGACGCUCUCGUGAUUUUCUCUCCUUCGGUCGAAAAAUUGGGUGGCUCGCUCACGAGCGAGGCAGUGCUCGACUUUGUGGACUCGGGACAUGACUUGAUUUUGGCUGCGAAUUCCACCACCUCGCAGUUUAUUCGCAACCUGGCUGCCGAAUGUGGAGUAGAGUUUGAAGAGGAUUUCGAUUCCGUUGUGAUAGACCAUCUGAGUUUUGAUGAUGCACGCGAUGCCAAAGACCACAGUUUGCUUGCAGCGAAGAACCUUAUAAAAUCUAAGGUCAUUCUUGGUGCCAAGGAAAUUCAGGCUCCCAUUCUCUACCGUGGCAUAGGGCACGUAGUGAGUCCCGCGAAUAGCCUGGCUAUAAAGGUGUUGACUGCAUCGUCCUCAGCGUAUUCAGCGAAUCCGAAUGCUGUAUUGGCGAGUCCUCCUGCUCUCACUGGCACAAGUAUCGGACUGGUCUCUGUUGUCCAGGCUAGAAACAACGCACGCAUCUUAAUAUCGGGGUCCUUGGACAUGUUCAGCGACAAUUUCAUCAAUUCUCCUGUUCGAAUCACUGGAAGUACAGAGAGGUUCGAUAAAUCAGGCAACCAGGAGUUCGUUGAUGAGCUGAGCAAGUGGGUGUUUCAUGAAAGGGGCCACUUAAAGGCUGUAAAUCUACAACAUCACAAAGUUGGAGAGAGCGGCGAGCCUUCGAUGUACAGAAUCACCGACCAUCUGGAAUUUUCUCUCGAGAUUUACGAAUGGACGGGCAAAAACUGGCAGCCAUACCAAGCAGAUGACGUCCAAGUGGAGUUCUACAUGAUGAGCCCUUAUGUACUCAAGACAUUGAAUCACAACGGGAAGGGUAAAUACGAGACAUCCUUUCAAGUCCCGGACGUCUAUGGAGUAUUCCAAUUCAAGGUUGAUUAUAAGAGACUCGGCUACACCACUCUGGACCUGAGCAAGCAGAUCCCUGUGAGACCUUCUCGUCAUAACGAGUACGAAAGGUUCAUCAAGGCUGCAUACCCUUACUACGGGGGCGCGUUUUCAAUGAUGGCAGGCUUUUUUGUUUUCGGCAUCGCCUUCUUGUAUCACAAGUAGGAACUGACUACAGACCGGUGUAGUGUUUCACAAGUCGUGAGCUAAAUUAUGAAGAAGGAUCUGUCAAAGUCGCUAUAUUCUGCU